AUGUCUGAGAUUGAUAACAAGGGCCCCGGUGCCCUGGCCACCACCGUGACCGUUACUUGCGUUGCUGCCGUCAUCGUUCUGACUCGUCUAUGGAUCCGCGUGUCCAUUGUGCGUGCUUCCGGCUGGGACGACUGGAUCAUCACCAUCGCCUGUGCGGCUAUUGCGGGAAUGACGGUCACUAUUUCUCAGCAGGUCAAAUAUGGACUCGGUAGACACAUCACAGAGCUCAGUGACGAGAUGCGCGAGCAACUCUAUUUCGUAAACCUACCCACACCAACACUUCACCCCAGCACCCCAUCACUGACAGCCGCACAGAACUUCUGGCUUUCCAUCCUCUUCUACAACAUCGCGCUCGGCCUCACAAAGUUCUCCAUCCUCAUGCAAUACCUCCGCAUCUUCGCCACGCACAGAGCCAUGCGCAUGGCCAUCCUCGCCACCCUCGUCUUCAUCAUCCUCUACACCCUCGAAGCGCUCCUCCUCAGCGUCUUCACCUGCACCCCCAUCGACCGCUUCUGGAACCGCACCAUCGCAGGCACCUGCGUCAACACCAAAGCCCUCUGGUUCGCCCACGCCGCCAUCAACAUCUUCUCCGACACCGUCAUCAUCCUCCUCCCGAUGCCCGCCUUCAAGGGCCUCAACAUCCCCUCGAAGCAGAAACUCGCACUGAUGGCCAUUUUCGCCCUCGGCGCAUUCGGCGCCGUCACCUCCAUCCUCCGCCUGCAGUCCAUCUACACCGUCGCCGACUCAGCCGACCAGUCCUACGACAACGUCAACGCCGCCGUGUGGUCCAGCGUCGAAGUCAACGUGGCCAUCAUGUGCGCCUCGCUCCCCACCUUCAAAGCCCUCGUCAAGCGGCUCUUCCCGCACCUCCUCUCCACCGACCCCGCGUCGCGCUCGCCCAUCGGCGGAGGCGGCGCCGGCACGAGUAAUGCGGCCGGCGGCAUGUCCUCGCGGUGGCGCUCGCACCCGUCGCGGACGCAUGGGACGUUGAUCUCGAUGGAUCGGAUGGAGAGGGGCGAGGGCGGCGGCGGCGGGAGGGCGAAGAAGGGCGCGGAGAUGUUUACGACGACGAUCGAGAAGGGGGGGCCGUAUCAUGGCGGGGAGGAUGGGGAGAGCGGGAGGAGUAGUGGCGAGGGGAUCAAGGUCACGACGGUGGUGUCGCAGAGGGAGGAUGCGGGGUCGGAUAAGAAUAUGUUGUACGCGGAUGAUGUGCAUAGUAUCAGUGAGAGUGAGAGGAAGUUUUUUCCGCACUCAUAA